AAGGACAGAAUGAGAGGAGACAAGAGCCGGACCUUCUAUUUAUUCUCCCUUUCCCUCCCACUUUCGGUGUCCAUAAGGGAGAAGAGAGAAAUGUGAGCUUUCUAACACGGGGGAAGAGAGGAUGGAGGAGGCAGGGAAGCAGGGAAGGAGCGAGUGAGGGAGAGGGAAGGAGGGAUGGAUGGAGGAAGCGGGAGAGUUAGAAAGAGGUGGACGAACACACGAUACGCAGAGAAGACAAGAGUAGGAAGGCAAGAAGGGAGCAAAGAAGAAGAAGAAAGUAGUGAGAUUCUGUAGCUGGGUAGACCGCGAGAUAGAUUACUUCACUACACACACUUCCUUUUACCACUUGGGAACGAGGGAUGCAUCAUGAAGUCUCAGCAGAAGUGCAUCGUGGUCUUUGCCCUGGUGUGCUGCUUCGCCGUGUUGGUGGCUUUGAUCUUCUCGGCCGUGGACAUUUGGGGCGAGGACGAGGAUGGAAUCACGGAGGACAACUGCAGCAGGGACUGCAGUUUUGUCAUGCAUUACUCAGAGUUGUCCUGGUGGAGAACAUCCCGGAGGACCUCUCCUUCCCAAACAACACCGCGUCCCACCUCCCGCUCUCGGCAGGGCUCUUCAACUUACUGGAUCAAGCCAUGCGCGUUGUGGAGAUUGUGUCCCCGCUGUGGCUUCUCAACUCCUCAGAAUACGAGUCCAGCUUCCAGCCAGCUGCCAGACAGGGCAGACUUCUGCUGUCCAGGCUGCUGGCACUGAAGGCCAAGAAAGUCCAGUUGAAGAUCUCCAGCGGGAUCGCAGAAUCGACAGAACUGAAGCUGCUCACCAAAGCAGGUGCCGAGGUUCACUUUGUGAACACCACAGUGCUGACCAAGGGUCACCUUCACUCAUCCUUCUGGGUGGUCGACAGGAGACACUUCUACAUCGGCAGCGGCAGCAUGGAUUGGAGAUCCCUGGCCAUCAGGAAGGAGCUGGGCGUGCUGGUGUACAAUUGCAGCUGUCUGGCGUUAGACCUCCACAGGGUGUUCAACAUCUACUGGGGGCUGCAGUCCAAAGAAUUCAUUCCUUCCUUCUGGUCCAAGCGCCUCUUUGCCCUCUUCAACAAGGACUCGCCUCUGGAGGUCAACUUCAACAACACCAAGGCUCAGGCUUACGUCUCUACCUCCCCAGAUGCCUUCAUUCCCAAAGAUCGGAGCAGUGACCUGGAAGCCAUUUCCCGGGUCAUUAAAGACGCCCGUCACUUCAUAUACAUCUCCAUCACGGAUUACCUUCCCCUCCUCAACACCAGUGUUUACAGGUACUGGUCUCGCAUUGACAGCUUUAUUCGGGAGGCUCUGAUCCUGAGAAGAGUCAGAGUUCGUCUGCUGAUAAGUUGCAGAGAAAACACUCAUCCGCUGACGUUCAACUUUGUGUGGUCUCUGAGGAGUCUGUGCAUGGAGCAGGCUAACUGCUCCCUGGAAGCUAAGUUCUUCAACCCGAGGGUACAGAGAGAUGGAAGUCUCCAAGGGAUAAACCACAACAGGUUCAUGGUGACGGACAGAGCAGUUUAUUUGGGUAAUUUGGACUGGGUUGGGAAUGAGUUCACCUACAACGCGGGAGCAGGCCUGGUCAUCAAUCAACUGGAGGGCGUGGAGGAGAGGAACUUUACGUUGGUGGAUCAUCUCCGAGCUGCCUUCGAGAGGGACUGGUUUUCCAGUUACAGCCGCACCCUUCAAGCCAACAAGAUCCCAGUGUGUAACAAUAACCAGAUGAACAAGAUGGUGCCGGUCAAAGCCAGCCAGCUGGAUCACGGACCAGCACCGAUGAGGAACAAUCCCAAUGACGAAGGACAGCAGAGUGAGACGAACAGACUGGAUCCAGGUGGAGAUACUUUGCAGCAGAAAAUCCGCCUUCUUGAACAGAAACAGGCACUAAUCAAAAGGACUGCGUGGGAGGACACAAAUAGUCCGUCGUCUGAGACCAGCGGCAGCAGAGAGAUCCUCCACGGUCCCCUGUGACUGGGAAAAAACGAUUCCUGGAUCUUUGUAGCAUUUUAUGAUUGGCCUUUUGUAGUUAACUAGAGUAGCUCUUAGUUUCCAGAACAGAGGACCUCAGGAAGAAACCUCAAUGCUUCUCUCUGAUGCUACUCGUGCUGUUUGGGAAAGACUUAGCGGUUCUGAAUAGGGAUGCUCUGAUCAGGGUCUUAAGCUACCGAUUACGAUAUCGAUCACUCAUUAACGUGAUCAGCCGAUACUGAUACCGAUCACAUGGAUUAACACUACAUUUUUAGAUUUUUUUUGUUAUAAUGAUAGUUAUAGGCGGCACGGCGGUCGAGUGGUUAGCGCACAGACCUCACAGCUAGGAGAUCAGGGUUCAAUUCCACCCUCGGCCAUCUCUGUGUGGAGUUUGCAUGUUCUCCCCGUGCAUGUGUGGGUUUUCUCCGGGUACUCCGGUUUCCUCCCACAUUCCAAAAACAUGCUAGGUUAAUUGGCGACUCCAAAUUGUCCAUAGGUAUGAAUGUGAGUGUGAAUGGUUGUUUGUCUAUAUGUGCCCUGUGAUUGGCUGGCCACCAGUCCAGGGUGUACCCUGCCUCCUGCCCGAAGACAGCUGGGAUAGGCUUCAGCACCCCCCGCGACCCUUGUGAGGAAAAGCGGUAGAAAAUGAAUGAAUGAUAGUUAUUGGUCAGGGGUGGCGUUCCAAUUUGGGAUCGGCAUACGCUGAUCACAUGAUUUAUUUUAUUUUUUUACAGAAAUCAUCUGACAUUGAUCAGUGGUUGAUCGAUCGGAGCAUCCCUAGGUCUGACGUCAUGGAAUUGCCUCAUAGCACUUACUAAGAAUCAAUAAGAUUGUUCUGAUGUCAUCAGUCACUAGGGGUCAUAUUUGCAUGGUAUUCUGGGAUUGCUAUGAUAUGCUGUCAUUCUCGUCCCAAAUUCCCCCUUUUUAGUGUUUUUCUCAGCAUUUGAAUACAAUUUCUAGCUGAUGGUAAUAUUAUAUGGCUUUGCACGCACAAGCUGGGAUACAUUUGCAUGUUUAUGCAAAGAAAGGAAACCAUUGCAAAAUCUUUAUGUAGCCAUGAAGUGUACUCUCAAACAACUUAAGAGUAGUUAAAGUUAUCAACGCUACUAAGUAUGUGCUGACAUUUAAGACUGCACAUGUAAUUUAGUCAUCUAACUGCAUCGCCGCUAAAAGCACUCUUUAAAAUUAAAAGUAUCAGGGUCUGCACAGAUUUUUUUUUUUAUAAUGAACAUAAAUAAAAACCAGUGAAUCACGGAGCUCUAAAACGUCAAAUCAUUCCUUCAGUACAUUUUAAGCAGCUGAAAGCAUUCAUUAACAUUUAAGCUGCUGCGUUAUUUUCUGGCGUAAAAAGGGUCUAAGAGUUCUUUUAGACAAACAUUGCAGUGUCUGUGACACUGAAUUUCCACUGAAUGAAUACCAAAGGCGCAAUUAGGGGUGGCUUCAGGGUGUGUCCAUUGUCGGCCAAAUCAGUAUAAUUAAUUUUUAACACAAAUUGACUCAUGUCAUGUUCAGUCUCUUGGACAUGUGUGUGUGAAUCUCAUACGUUUGACAUGCGGACAAGGAGCAAUUCAUUUCGCCUGUACUUAAAGCUUGUAGUCAUUUUGAAUGACUAUUACAUCUUUUGUGUAAUGUAGAUGCCUUUAUUAAACCUCUAAAGCUAUUCAUCUGGGAUCAUUUGCAGACAAAAUACAUUCUGUAAAUAGGAUUUGCGCCUGCCCCCUAUAAACAUCACAUGUAUAAUUGAGCCAGUAUCAAUAUUUUUACAGCCAUUUACAGGAAAUAGGCGUUACUCAAGAUGGGACUGAACCUCAGUGGAUAUCCAGCACUGCCUAGUGGUGACUGUGCAAACGCCAGGAUGGCAAACAGCAUCGUGAUGUUAAUAGUGUUACAUCAACAGAAGCACAAUCCAACCCAGAAAUAUCAUAAAUAUCAGUCAUAUUCCCUUGCGAUGCACUGAGGCAGUACACAGGCACAAUACACACAUCUGGUCUGUUUUCCAGAUGUUUUCCAAUUAGUCAAUAGUAUUGUGUCAGUAUAACCCUUAUGGAAUUAGCUACAAUCUAUAAACUGCUGAUAUUCUAAUGGGGGUGACACAAGAUAUAUAUCAUGGUGUCAUUAUUUUUGUAAAAUUGGGAACAUUUUCAUUUUUGCUGUUUCUUCUUAUGUUUUUUUAGGUUUUCUUAUCAUAUUUGAGUUUAUCGCCAUAAUAUUUUGACUUUAUUCUUCCAACAUUUACUUUUUCCGCAACCUAAUUUUUCAUAAAAUGGGUUAGGGUUAUCAUCUUUAUCUGCCGUUUUGUAAACAAAUUUGCAAACUGCAAACUAAUUUAUACUAUACUACCAAAAUGAUGUUAUUUUUCCAAAUAUUGCCAUUUCAUUCUCCUAAAAUUACUACUUUUUUCUCAUUUUUAUUUUGAUUCUCUUCUUGUAAGAAACAAAAAUGACUUAGAAUGUGCUGUGUAAAACACUAUAAUAUAAAGUACAAUAUAAAAACAAUAUAAAACAAUAUAAAAACAGCCGUGUGCUGCAAAUAACGCCCAGGCCGUACUUUGGACACUUCAAAUGGAAAAUGUACACUUAAAGGUGUUUUUUUUCCACUUUUUAACCUCCACAUACAACUGUAAAAGUUUUUUGUUAUUAAACGUCGCCUACCUUUAUGCUGCUUCUGGCAUGACCGCUGCCUUGCAUGCCCUGCUCACUUGUGCACUGUAGAUAUGCGCCUUUCUACUCUUAACACCCAACGAUAUAUACCUUUAAAACACAUGAGGAGGAAUGCAUAUUUAUUUUAAUAAUAAUAAUAAUGAUACCUUUGUUAAAGCACACUACUGGAUUAUCUGACUGCUGCAUUUUUACUGUUAAU